UAUUCAGCGAUACCGUUGGUAGUAUCGAACUCGUGAAUAAGGAUUACAAAUUGAAUAACCAAUCAGAAGUGGUCACUGCCUAUGGAUAUGGCGUGUUGAACAACACCGGACCAUCGAUAUUGAGGCGUUGCGAUGCAAACUAUAUAUCUGAUGUCGAACGAGCCAACACAUUUAUGCCAAGUCAGACUUUGUACUUUACCACUGGUGAAGCUACGAAUGAUGGCGAAAUUAUUACACCUGGCGAUUCGGGUGGACCAGUCGUUUCAAAAACAAAUGGCAAAAUAGUGGGGAUUACCAACG